CGAGGGUGAUGGUAGCAGAAUGAAUAGCGUGCUGCUUGCGCCAGACGGGCGAGUGUGCGCCGGUUGGGGAAGCUUGUCUCGGCCUGCCUGUCUUGCGUUGUGAUCGCGGUGGUGAAUCGGCGCGAAGCAGGCUCUACUCGCGGCAGGCAUCAACGUUGAAGCCAAGUGAAUGAAUGGUUUCUGUUUGUACGACUAGGAAAGUGUGACGUGCGGUGUGUGUGUCUGUGCUGUGAGAUCGCCGCGAUGAUAGGUUUAAAUCUACGAGUCACAGGGCACUGUAACCAGGGUGGCCGUAAAUAUAUGGAAGAUGCCUUCGUCGUCGCAUACCAGCAGACCAAGGACAAGGCAGACCUGGAAUACGCGUACUUCGGCAUCUUCGACGGUCACGGUGGUCGUGAAGCCGCGCUUUACGCCAAGGAGCAUUUGCUCGACGCUAUUGUGAAACAAAGCGACUUUUGGUCAAAUAACGAUGAACACGUGCUGCGUGCCAUCAAGCACGGCUUCCUCACAACACAUCUUGGCAUGUGGAAGGAAGUUGGCAAGUGGCCCAAGACAAUGUCAGGUUUGCCAAGUACAUCAGGCACAACCGCGAGCAUCGGCUUCAUUCGAAGGGGCAAGCUGUUCAUUGGCCAUGUUGGAGAUUCACGUAUAGUACUUGGAAGUCAAAGUAUGGAUGGGGAGAACUGGUACGGGCAGCCACUGACGCAUGACCACAAGCCUGAAAACCCACGGGAGAAGGAGCGCAUCCACAGUGUGGGUGGCCUGGUCAUGAACAAGUCUGGGGUGGACCGAGUUGUUUGGAACCGUCCUUGCGUCGGUCACCGUGGCCCUGUCCGGAGGAGCACCCACUUUGACAAGAUCCCCUUUCUGGCAGUGGCAAGAUCUUUGGGUGACCUGUGGAGCUACAACUACACAGCAGGCAAAUUUGUAGUCAGCCCUGAGCCAGAUGUGAGUGUCGUAAAGCUGGACACACGCCGAGACCGCUGCAUUGUCAUGGCCUCGGAUGGCUUGUGGAACAUGGUGGACAUCACUGAGGCCGUUCGAUAUGUGCAGCAGGCAGAGCGGGACAAUGAGCAUGCAUUCCUUGAAGCUGCCCAGGCUGGUUCGCAAGAUUAUCAGGUGUACAACCCUUCCAAAAUGUUGGUGGAUGAAGCCCUGUACCGCUGGGGCCGUGUCAAAACCCGUGCUGACAACACAAGUGUGGUGACAGUGAUGCUUGACCCGGCGGGCCCAUCGCGCAACGAGGUGCUUCUGCGUCAGCGAUUUCUGCACCGACUGCGGCCUAGGGAGGAAGUACGAGCACCAGAGCCACAAGCACCACCAUCGCCAAAGCCUGGCUCCCUUGCUCCUGAUGAACGAGAGCUGAGCCCACCAAGGUCUCCGUCCAGUGACCCGGAAAGUGAUGAGCCAGAAGGAAUGCGAGGCCUUCCACGGGUAGUGAUCUUGACGCCCAAGCGAGUCUACCCGUCAAUUUCGCCACCCUCAUUGAGGGCAGAGGCCAUGCAAGCAGAAAGCCAAGAAUCAAGGCCAGAGUCAAUGCCAGAGCCAAGUUCAGAGUCAAUGCCAGAGCCCAGUGUGGAGUCGAGGCCUGAGCCCAGUUCGGAGUCAAGGCCAGAGCCCAGUUCGGAGUCGAGGCCAGAGCCCAGUUCGGAGUCGAGGCCAGAGCCCAGUUCGGAGUCGAGGCCAGAGCCCAGUUCGGAGUCGAGGCCAGAGCCCGGUUCGGAGUCGAGGCCAGAGCCCAGUUCGGAGUCGAGGCCAGAGCCCAGUUCGGAGUCAGUGCCAGAGCCAAGUUCAGAGUCAAUGCCAGAGCCACGUUCAGAGUCAAUGCCUGAGCCAAGUUCAGAGUCGAUGCCUGAGCCAAGUUGGGAGCCAAAUUCAGAGCCAAGUCAAGAGCCAAGUUCACAGCCUGAAUGCAAGCCCCCGGAGCAAGAAAAAGAGGCCAGUGACAGCAGGGAAGGUAAAAAUGGCACAGCUGGCAGCCAUAAACGGCGACUGUCGUUCGACGCCGAGACUGAAGAAGUAGCCCAGAAGCGACCCCACGAUGACAGCGAAGACGAGGCAACAGAUGCAGCUGCUGAUAAUCCCAAAGGGCGCACGCGCAAAACAAGACUAUGAUUUUACGAGCAGCAUGUAUCUCAAACCAGUCUGUUUUUGUGUGUGUGUGCAUAUACAUUCAUGUGUUUGUGUGCGGGAAGUGCCUCUCGUGGCCACUAAGUGUGUGCCCAGCAAUUCGUCCACCUGCUAGCAUACCUGCGUGGUGGCUAGCAAUGUGUCGCGCCUGAGUGAUGUCACUGUGGCACAGACUGUUGACCUCAGAACUCUUCUGCUCUUUCCAAGUCUUCACAUCAGUAUUUAUAGCCAUUUUCAUGACACUAGCGUGUGUGUGAAGGAAGACAAACUGAGAAAUGUGAUGAGCACUCCCCUCGGAAGAUACAAGGCUGAGACAUGUUAUGUCGAAGUUGCAUCAUGGCUGGUCAACACAUUUUGUCUUGUAGUGCAGAGGUAUAAGCCAAGCAACGUUGCACUGCCAAGAACUACAAAUAUCUCUCUUGUUGGCUGGCUUAGUGUGAGAAGCGGCAGUGAUGGUAGUGAAAUGUGAUACACCCUUGUUUGGGUUUCUGUAGACACCACCCCUGUGUACUGAAUAUUCACAAGAGAACCCAGUUAUUCCGCUGAGUUUCCAACACUACUUGUGGUUGUGCAUUGCACAAUAGCAUGGCUGCUUUUGACAUGCAUUUUUGUGGCACUUGUUCCUAAAAUUUGGGACAGCAAUUGUCCCCACAGACGAUACAAUAUUUCAUUCAGGCAUUGUGGCUACUGCCUCGACCACUGCCCCC